AUGUGCCCCCAGACCCCGAACGCCGAGAACCUGCCCCCCCAGACCCUGCGCCUGCUGUGCCGCGAGGUUUCUCUGCUCAGCGCCGACCCCCCCGACGGCAUCAAGGUGUUCCCCAACGACGAGGACGUCACCGACCUGCAGGUGGCCAUCGAGGGGCCAGAGGGCACCCCCUACGCCGGGGGCGUGUUCCGCAUGAAGCUGGUGCUGGGCAAGGACUUCCCGGCCGCGCCCCCCAAGGGAUUCUUCCUGACCAAGAUUUUCCACCCCAACGUGGGCCCGGGCGGGGAGAUCUGCGUCAACGUGCUCAAGAGGGACUGGAGAGCCGAGCUGGGGCUGCGCCACGUGCUGCUGGUCAGACUGGGAGCACUGGGAGCACUGGGAGGGACUGGGGAGCGGAGCUGGGGCUGCGCCACGUGCUGCUGGUACGAGAGCUUCCAGCGGCAGUGCCCCGACGGCCGCAUCAGCCGCGCCGAGUUCGAGAAGAUCUACGGCACCUUCUUCCCCAACUCGGACCCGCAGGGCUACGCGCGCCACGUCUUCCGCAGCUUCGACACCAACGACGACGGGACCCUCGACUUCCGGGAGUACAUCAUCGCCCUGCACCUCACCUCCUCGGGAAAGACCCACCUGAAACUCGAGUGGGCCUUCUCGCUGUUCGACGUGGACAGGAACGGCGAGGUCAGCAAGGGAGAGGUGCUCGAGAUCAUCACGACAAGAUCGCCGAGGCCGAGUUCAUCGAGGGCGUGAUGAAGAACGACGCCAUCAUGCGCCUGAUCCAGUACGAGCCCAAAAAAUGAGGAAAAACCCCAAAAACCCCAAAAAACCCAAAAAUCAACCCAAAACAACCCCCAAAAACACAAAAAUCAACAAAAAUAAACCAAAAAAACCCAAAAAAUCCCCAAAUAAACCAAAGGCGGGCGGGGGAGGGAGGGGCAAUAAAGAGAAUCCCCCCCAAAA